AUGCAUCCAAAAAAAAAUAAUGUCAGAAAAAUUAAUAGACAAUCAGGGAAUAUCAAUUUUAAUAAGAAAAAUAAUGGUUAUAAAGAAAACAAUUAUAAUCAAUCAAAUGGAGAAAAGGUAUUCAAAUUUAUGAGCGAUCUGAAGUAUAAUGCAUACAACAACAACAUUGAUAGAAUGCAUUCAGACAGAAGUUCCAACACAAGUCGUAAUGGUAAAUCAUACGGUGCUGCAAAUAGUAAGAGUAGAAAGAAUGUUACAAAAAAGGAGAAUAAAGAACAACGAAAGGAAGUAAAAGAGGACGAGGAAGAUGAAGAAGAUGAUGACUAUGAUGAGGAUGACGAAGAUGACGAAGAUGAUGAGGAUGAUGAGGAUGAUGAGGAUGAUGAGGAUGAUGAAGAUGAUGAGGACGAGGAUGAAGACGAGGAUGAGGAUGGAGACAUGAGCAACAGCGAAAUAAGCAAUUUCUCCUUGAUCAAAAAAAAGAAAGAAAAGGAAGAGUAUAAUAACAGUUAUUUUUAUAAAGGGUUAAAUAAAUCAAAUAAAAAAAAUAAAGUAAAUUUAAAAAAUUAUAACUCGGGAUAUUAUGACAUUUACUCCAAUAUAUAUUCAUAUUAUGAUAUAUUUACUGAAGAUAAAAAUGAAAAAAAAAAAUUUAAAUAUUUUAACGACAUGUUUUCUAAUUUCGAAAACAAAUAUGAAAAUAAUGAAUUUAACUACGGAUUAGACUUAAGCAAGAAGUUUCAAGAAAAACAUAUCCCUACAACACCUCUAAAUAAAAAGGGCAAUCAUUUUGAAAGAGCAUAUAUCAAGGAGGAAAGAGUAAAUUUGUCCCAUAAUCCUAACCAUUCAAUGGUAGAAAGUGGGAACUCGAACAGCUCAGGAGACAAAAUUGAAAGCAAUAUGAACAUUAGUUUUAUGAACAACAAUGUGUAUCAAAAUAGUGAUAGUAGGAAUACUAGAGCAAACAGGGACCAUCUACGAAGUAGGGAAAACAAUGAAAAUAAUGAUAUCAGUGGCAACAAUGUUAAUAAUGACAACAAUGGCAAUGAUGUUAAUAAUGACAACAAUGGAAACAAUGUUAAUAAUGACAACAAUGUUAAUAAUGAUAAGUAUGAUAAGUAUGAAAAGUAUGAUAAGUAUGAUAAGUAUGAUAAGUAUGAUAAUAAUGAUAAGAAUGAUAAGAAUGAUAAUAUUGAUAGUACAAAUCCGAACACUACGAUGAGUGGGCGCAAUGACGAAUUCUAUGUUAAUAGGAAUGCAAUGACAACCAAAAGGAAUAACUUGAAAAAAGUCAUGACAAGCAAAGAUCCACUUCUCAAUAGUAACAAAAAGAAACUCAUUUCAUUAAAGAAAAAAAAAAAAAAAAAUGCUAAUGAAGACAUAAGCAUUGACAAAGAAGAUAUAAACAUAAAUCUAAAUGAGUUUAAAAAGAAAUACAGUGAUAUGAAGAAUAACGUAGAUUACAACCAGGAAAAUACGCAAUUUGUGGAAUUGAAGGGAAACAUGAACCAGAACAUGAACCAGAAUAUGCAUCCAAACUUACAUCCGAACUUGCAGCCCAGAAUGAGUGUGAAUAUAAACAGAGAAAAAAUAAAGAAAAAGUAUGGUCACAUAACCGACGAUUUUGCUAAUAUUGUCAAAAGGGCAAAGGGUAAAAGUAGGAGGCCGGGGGUGAUGGAUAAUCAGGAAAAUAGCGAAUUGAGUAGCGGAAUUGUUUAUGCUAAAUAUGUUAAUUCGUAUAAGAAGAGAACCAAGUCGACCUCAAACAAUUCGAUUGAGGCAGCUACGGGAAGUCCAAAUCGAGGCGCAAACUUAAAAGAAAAGAAGACGAAGGUAAAAAAUGAAGAUAACAAAAGCAACACAAGCAAUAUCAGUAACGUGAGCAAUGCCAGCAACAUGAGUAACAUUAGCCUGGAUAGUUCUUGCUCUAUCGAGCUGAAUAACCAUUUGAAUGAAGAAAAAUUCUUAGAUAUGAAAAAGGAAGGGAGCAUGAAAUUUUUAAAAAAUCCGACGAAAAAGCGAAUGAAUAAGUUAAAGAAAAUUGUAGAAAUAUUAGAAUAUUCAAUUUAUAAUGAAGAAAAAAAAGGAUCUAAAUUGGAAUCCAAAUUAUACGAUUAUGUGUUACUAACAAGAAGUCUAAGACAAGAAAUAACAAAUCUAGAGGAACUGAAUAAUAGCAAUAAAACCAAAAUGGCUAGCUACGAAAAAGAUAUAACGAAAUUGAAAGAACAGAAUGAAGAAAUGAAACUAACCUUAUCUACUUUCGAAAAUGAAUUAAGCAAUUUAAUAAAUAAAUUUGAUAAAAAUUUUGCCAAAGAAUUAAUAGACACCAAAUCUCAAAAUGAUGUAUUGAAAAAGGAAGUGGAGCGUCUCAAAAUGGAGAUAGAAAAAAAAAAUAACGAAAUUAAGAAGAUAGAAAAUUGGAAUGAUAUGUCGAAGAAGUUCAGUGCGGAAAAUGUUGUUAUGCACAGUAGUGGAGGUGGGGCUACUACUGUGUUAGGAGCAUCUAGCAGUAAUACAAACAUUCCAGGUGGUACAUUGAAUAAUACUAACGUGACUAAAGUUAUGAACGCAGGAAAUGCACCAACAACUGGUAACGGAAUGCAAGCUCUGAAUGACAAAAAGGAUCAAGGAAAGGAGCCAGACGGAAAUGACCAUGAAAAAAAUAAAGAAUUCGUGACAUCUUAUGAAUUUCCCUUUUACUAUGGAAAAAGUGAAGAAAUUGAUCAAACUGUAUUGGAUGACCUUAUCGUAAAAAUGAAAACAGUAAGGAUUACUUAUGAAAAGAAUAUAGAAAAGUAUGAUGAUGAUACGAAAGCAACGAUUUAUGGGUGCUACAUUUCAAAUUUUAUUUUAGAAAAUAAAGACAUAUGUAAUCAUAAGAAAAUUUUAAAACAUUUGCAAGAAUUUUGUGUUGUGGAAUCGAAAAUUUUAAACGUUCAUUUAUGCUUGAGAAAAGAAAGAUGUGACAAUGUACCUGUUAAAGAACUUGAAAAGGAAGUUAUUAGACAGUUAGAGAAUCCAGAUUCUGAUAAAAAUAAAGAAAGAAUUUCGGUUAUCAACUCUAUUAUGUUAACACUUCUUUUCAAAAAUAUGCACAUUUACAAUUUGUACAGAAUAUUUUUCACUUGUUUAAAAUGUGACAAUUUUAGGUGGAUAAGAUUGAUUAAAAAGUCUAUCUUUCUUAAAUUCUUCGAUUUAUGCUUAAUUGAUAUGAACACAUCUGUGAAUAAUGAUAUCUCCAAUUUGAUGGAUGGUAACCCAAUACAUGCAUCACUAGGUCUUUAUAACACAGUGAAUAGCAAUUCGUAUGGAACCUUGCACCUGAACCCGAGUGCUAGCCAAAAUAUAGAGCAAAUCCAAUACAACAUAAAGCAUCCCAUGUUUUAUUGUUCAAAUGAAACGUUAAAGAGACUUACCUCAAGUAUGUUUCUGAAUUUUUCUAAAGAUCCAAUAAAUCCUCAAAAUGGUGAUAAUAUAUACCAUUACCUGUUACAGAAAAAAAACUUUGAUUUAGUGAAACUUCUUAAAUUAUCUGGUAAAAAUUACAACUACAUAUUUAACAAAAAUGCAGAAAAUAAAACUCCUCUCGAUUAUGUAGAUAACGAAGAAAUAAAAAUCGAUCUCAUAUCAGGAUAUAUCCUAGACAUAGCAGGGAAAGGAGCAGAAAAUUAUAAAAAUGCCAAAUAUGAUAUGGCAUUUAAUUUAUAUAGUGAAGCUUUGGAAAAACAAAUAAAAUUAUCCGAAUCUGUUAAAAUGGGUAAAUCUAUGAAUGAAAAUAUUGGGAAGCUGUAUUAUAAUAGAGCUAGAACUUUAAUGCAUCUAAAUAAAUGGAUUGAUGUUGUCGAAAAUUGUAACAAUUGCUUAAAAUAUAUACCCAAAUAUAUAAAUGCAUUUGACACACAAAUACAUGCAUAUGAAAACCUUUUAGAAUAUGAAAAUGCUCUUUUGACAUAUAAAAAUAUGUGUAUCAAAUGUAACAUUAAACCAGAUGAUAAAGAAGAUAAACUCAAGUCACAGAUUAAUGCCACUUCCUUUCAAAUUCUAAAUGUAAACAGAAAUUGUUCCGUUGCAGAGAUCAAACAAGCCUUCUCGAAUUUGUCUAAAAAAUGGCAUCCAGACAAAUUAGGCAUUAACAUAAGUCCUGAUAUUAAAAAAAGACACAGCAAUCAUUUCAAGAGAUUAUUUAAGGCUAAACAGUUACUUAUGAACGACGCCGAAAGACUAAAGGAGAAGAAGAAGAAGGAGACCAAUUAUGUCUAUCCACAAAUAAUUGAAGAUGCUAACCACGCAGGUACUAAUAAUAACAGUAAACCAACCACUUCCCAGAACGACCAAAAAGGUCCUAAUCAAGACAUCACUUCACAGUCAUCCACAAAAAGGGAAAAUAACGCCACUACCUCGACCACUUCCUCCUCCCCUGCAGCAGCUCCAGCUGCAACUGGAACUGGAACUACAACCGUUACAAAUGAUACAACUCAUAAAGACGACAAACGCAGGGAUGCAGCUGAGAUACCCAUCAGUAGUAAAAGUGGAACAUUUAAAUGUGGCAAUCACACGUCCAGCUUUACAAAAAGAAUGGGGAGAUACACAAACGGGGAAAAAAUGGCGAAUAACGAGAACGAAAAUGAGGUGAAGAAUAACUUUUACAAUUCAUACAAAGAUGACAUUGAUAAAUUUCAAGAAAAGCUAAAAAAUUUCAGCAAAGGAUUGAACACAGAAUCAGAGGGUAAUAAGAAUGCAAAUCCAUUUCUGAACCUUUUUGAUGGGAAAUUAACAAAUAUGAAGAACGAAAAAGUGGAUGAAAAUUUUUAUAAAAAAUUAAAAGAAGAAUAUGAAGGAUACACUGAUGAUGAGUUAACUAAUUUUAAAACAAAAAUUUCCAAUUCGAUUAACAAUCUCAUACAAACUGAGUUGAAUCUGAAAAGGGAAUACCAAGAAUUGUGUAUAAAAGAAAAGACAAAUGUUAUCAUGAAUGCACGACUCUGCAUCUUGCAAGAAAUACAGAAGGCCUUAUGUGUCCGAUUGGACAAAGAAAGGAAGCUUAAAGUUGUUGAUAGCAUAAUUAAAGGCAGGAGUGAUGAAGUAUCAGCCAGUUGGAGUAAAACUGAGAAUGAGAACCCGAUGGGAGAUGGGAACCAGACGGGAGAUGGCAACACAAACCGAAAUGGGAAUAUUAGUGGGAGCACAGCUAGCGGUGGAUCCACUUAUGUGAAAAAUCAUGCUAACGAGGACGACCUGCACGAAAACGAAAAGGGAGCGUACAAAAGUGGAAAAAGUAGUGUAUACACUGACAUGCAGGAGGAAGGAGAAAAAGAGGACGAAAAAGAGAAAGAAAAGGAAAAGGAAAAUAAAAAGAAAAGUUUGCCUAAGUUUGCGAAAGCCACGAUCGAACAUGAAGACAAAUCCGAAAAAUCACGAAGAAGCAGCACUGAUAACAGUAGCUGCUAUUCUGAGGAAACAGAAUUUUUUAGAGAUUCGAAGGUAAACAACAAGGGAGAUAAUCGCUACACAACCUUGGAACAACGGAAGCAGCAAUCAGAAGGGGGAAAUUAUCGUGAGGAAAUUCAAGAUGAUGAUAAGGAACAUGGUACAAAUCGAAACGAAGACAAGACGGAAUAUGAAAAAUCUCAUCAACAAGAAGUAGCACGAGAGAAAAAUAUGGAACAAAAAAUGGAUGAUAACAACACUAAAGCGUUAUUUUAUAAGGACGAAAGUGAAUAUUAUGAAGACAACAAAAGGGGGAAAUAUAAAGAAGCUACCGAUUCGUCUAAUGAGAAAAAUAAAAAUAAAAAAAUUUCAAACAUUAGCAAUAAUGACUGUGCAGGAGAUAACAAUAUGGAGAACGGGAAUAGAGAGAAAAAGAAAAAAAAAAAAAAAAACACAGAUUUUAAAGAUAUUAACAACAUGCAAUGGAAAGAACAUGAAUCCAAUGAAAAUUCCCCAAAAAAAAAUUAUAAUACCAAAUUGACAACAGAUCAUGAAAACUUCAUGUUUUGCGAUGAAAAAAGUAACAUUCAACAUGAAGGAAAUGAUAUCCAUGAUACCUUCGAGUUUAUUGAAAAAGAUCAAGGGAAAAAUCAACGAAAAUGUGAAGGCAAUAAUUUUUUUGAAAAUCUAAUAGAAAAUCAGUCCAAUCAAUCCUUUAGACAUUCAAACGAUAUACCUGUGGAGAAUAACAAAUUGAACGGAUGUGAAAACAAUUUCAACGAGAAUAAGUUAGGAAAUAAUAAUUUCUUCUCUCAAAAUAACGGUAAUAAUAUUAAAAAGAAUCAAAAUAUUCCAAAUGAUUCUUUUUACGAUGGAAAUAAUGAUAACCCCAAUGGAUUUGAAGAUAAAGAUGUUCGCACCAAGGAAGAAACAGAAGAGGAAGGUGAGGCAGAUGCCAAUAAUCAGCAUUUUGAAAAAUUGGUAAAUGAGAGAUCCUCCCUUAAUUUCAUCCAUAGUAACAAUUACUAUCAAGAGUUAGAAUCUCGUAAUGCUGGUAAUGGAAACGGAAAUUCUACUGGAGAUAAUAACAAGAAGGGAAACGUGUUGAACCACAUUGAUCACUAUACCGAAAAGAGGGAAACAAAUAAUGUCAACUAUAGUGGAAAUGUAAAAAACAGCUCAAAUAUGCAAAAAUCUAUUUUCACAAAUGAGGAACCAAUUUUUAGUAAAAAAUUUAGCAGAGAUGGAAAGACAGAACCUUAUUCAAACGAAGAGGACGAGUAUAACUACCUCAGGGGUAGAAUGAAGGAUUUUGCCAGCAUUGGAAGUACUAAUUAUACCAACGAGAAUAAAGAAAGAAGAAAUGGCAACACAGCUACUAAAGAAGUGAACAUUCGUAGAGAUGAUAACGUUAUAGCUGACCAUAUCAAUGGAAGUGAUUGCAGUAGUGUUAUAAGUGACAGAGAAGAGGAAGAGGAAGAGCAGGAGGAGAAAAGACUAAAUCCCAUGGAAAAAAUGUCAAAUAACAAUGUACCAAGUAUUAGUGAACAUAAUAGUGGCAUGCAAUAUAGCAGUAAUUUCCGAAUGGAUCACUUCAGUGACAACAACAGUGAUAAUGACUUCUUCAGAAAUAAUGCACACGAAAUGAUGAAUCAACGACAUUCACAAUGUUUGGGUAGUAAACACAUAAGCGAACAAGUAAUUGAACAUAAAGAAGAAGAGUAUAAUAUAAACGAUGAAGAAAGGAAUAUCGUUAUCUCAAGUAAUAGUUUGAAGAAAGAGGAACAGUUUUCUGCUAUGAUAUUUCCUGGAAGCAACAGUUAUAUUCACAAAAAUGUAGAUAAAAAUAUGUUUAACAUGAACAUUAAUAAUGUAGGAAGUAGUUGUUCUGGCAAUUUGAAGACUUCAUGCAGAGAAAAUUUUCUACAGAAAAAUUUAAUAUAUUCUGAUGACACUUUAGGGAAAGAGAAAAAGCGAACUAGUUUCAAAGGAGGAGAAGGUGCUAAGUAUGCAAGUGAUAGUGAAGAAAUGAUAAAUAAUGAGAAAAUUUACAGGCUUUACAACAGCAAUAUGGGAAACCAUAGCGGAAGAAAUAGCAGAAGCAACAGCGGAAGCAACGGAGGAAACAACGGAGGAAACAACAUAGACAAUUGUAAUGUCAGCAAACUGAACAACAUGAAACAGUCCUUUUUUAAUCAGAGUAUUGUCCCCCCCCAUGAUGCAGCUUCAAUUAGUAGAAAGAAUGGAAGCAGGAACGCCAUGCAAAAGGAUAAUAAUAACAGCGAAGUCUUUGCAAAUUUUACCAAUGAUCAAUAUCACCAAGAGGAGAAGCAUCACCAGUCACAACCUCACCAGUCACAACCUCACCAGUCACAACCUCACCAGUCACAACCUCACCAAUCACAACCUCACCAGUCACAACCUCACCAAUCACAACCUCACCAAUCACAACCUCACCAGUCACAACCUCACCAGUCACAACCUCACCAAUCACAACCUCACCAGUCACAACCUCACCAGUCACAACCUCACCAAUCACAACCUCACCAAUCACAACCUCACCAGUCACAACCGCACCAAUCACAACACCAUUAUCUUCAACACAAUCAUACACAAUAUGCGUAUACAAAUGCCGAAGGGGGAUCCUUUUACAUGAACUCAGAUAAUGCAACUCAUUACAGUAGUAACGAGCGACACGAAAAACACAACCAACUUGAUGAAGGAGCAGUAAUAAAUGGAUCAAAUAAUGAAAAUGAUAAAAUUUUCUUCAAUACAGAUUUAUAUGCAAAUCAAAGUAAUAGCAAUAACCCAUAUGAAAAGAAUCUUGACAAUCCUUUUUCUGAACAAUUAAACAUGAAACAAGAUAAUUUCUUUUAUGAUAACGACAAUUUUCCAUAUAAUAGCGGAAAUUAUUAUGGUAAUCAGCUGAACAAGUCAUAUAAUUAUGAGAACGUAAAACUUCGAAAUUCAUUCAUUUAUAUAAAUGAAAAUGAAGAAAAAAAUCAAAAUGUUAAAAAAAUGUUUUCAAAUGAUGUAAUAACAGCUCCAGUUUCGAUAGAUAAAGAAUUUAAUCAAAAAAAUAAAUCCGCAUUUAACAAUGAUGUAGAUAAACAUAAAUUUAAAAAUAUCAGAGGAAAAGUUCCAAAUGAUGGAAAUGAUUUAAUCAAAUUGAAAAAAUCUUCUUUAGAUAAAGUAAAUUCAAAAAUUGACGUAAAUAAAACUAGGUCCACAGGAGUAGAACCCUUUGGUGCUUCAACACCAAAAAAAAAUUUUAAAAAAAAUAUAAACACUGAUGAUACGUACAAGACAGCUGAUCAUACGAAAAAGGGAAAACCAAAAGCUAAAGACAAUUCUAGUAAUAAACGGUAG